AUGUACUCUUAUAAUCUACAAGGAAAACGAAUUAGUUUGAAAGAGGCCGCCGAUUUACAACAAUCAAAACUGGAUAAUUAUUUUCGAAAUCGAGUAUUUUCAAGCAAAUCAACCAACGUCAACUCACAUAAAUAUGCUCAUACUCAAAUGAAUUCACCAUGGGAUUAUGAGUUACAACGUUUUCUAAUUCAAGGUGGACGUCAAUUGACAAUUUCGAAGAAAAUGUUAAAUAAACCAAAACGUUUAGUUCAAAGUGCUGGAUCACGUUUGUUACAGGAAUAUGAAAUAAAGGAAGCAGAUGAUGAUGAUGAACGUAAAUCCAAUAUUUCUGAUAAUGUUCAUCGGUAUGUUGAUAACGAUGAAUUCUUGAACAUUGAAUUCAAUGCAGAAGAUGAUUUCACAGAUCAAUGUAUUGAUCAUAUAAAUAUGCGGAAUCCACCUGAUAUAAUAAAUGACAUGUUUCAGAAAUUCGCAAUGAAUAAUAAGGACACUGAUAAUAAACAAACUGAUGCUGAACAUCAUUUCAAUCCGAUGGGGGAGAAAAAUAUGGAUGAUAGUCGCUCUUCUCCAUCCUCUUUUUCUUCGUUUACUUCAUCUCGUACCAGUUUAAUUCAUUCGGAUUUGCAUGCCAAAAUGUUGACAUCAUCAUCGUCAACAACAUCACUUUCUUCAUCUUUGUCUUCUGAUUCCUCUCAUUUAUCUAAUGAAAACCUUGAU